CCCGCCUGCCUGCCCCCCUUCAAGGAGGGCACAGCUGCCUCCCGCUAGGUCCCCAGCCAGGUCUGCUGGAUCAGCCCUCGGCCUGCUGUGGCGCUGCCCGGGGCCUGCGGGUGCAGCCAGGCCUAGCCAGGGCUCUCCUGCAGAUGGACGUGGCGGUCCUGCUCUCCUACCUGCUGGGCCUGCUGCUGCUGCCCCUCCUGGUUGUGCUGCUGAUGGCGCUGUGUGCCCGCUGCCGCGACCUGCCAGGCUCAUACGACAGUGCUUCCUCAGAAAGUUCGUGUCCACGGAGCAUGCAGAUCAAACCAUCCUACACUCUGGCCCCCUGGCCCCCCGCCCCCUACCCGCCUGUUACCUCCUGUCCACCCCUGAUGCAGCCAGAUCUGCUCUCCAUCCCGAGAUCCCCGCAGCCCCCCGGGGGCUCCCACCGGAUGCCCUCUUCCCGGCAGGAUUCCGAUGGCGCCAACAGUGUGGCGAGCUACGAGAACGAGGGUGCGUCUGGGAUCCUGGGUGCCCCGGCAGGACGGGGAGGCUGGUGCCGGUCCCAGGCCACGCUGACCCCGGUGUUCCCUGCAGAGCCAGCCUGCGAGGAUGCGAAUGAAGACGAUGACGACGAGGACUAUCACAACGAAGGAUACCUGGUGGUACUUCCCGACAGCACUCCAGCCACUAGUGCCACCGCCGCAUCAGCUCCCGGGCCCAGCAAUCCCGGCCUCCGACACAGCGCCUUCUCCAUGGAAUCAGGCGAAGACUACGUGAACGUUCCCGAGAGCGAGGAGAGCGCAGAAGCGUCUCUGGAUGGGAGCCGGGAGUACGUGAAUGUGUCCGAGGAGCUGCAGCCUGCGGUCAGGACUGAGCCUGCCACCCCAAGUUCCCAGGACGUGGAAGACAGGGAGGAGGAAGAAGAGGGAGCUCCAGAUUAUGAGAAUCUGCAAGAGCUUAACUGAGGGCCUGCAUGAGGUGAGGCCCUGUCUGUCCUGGAACCAGCCUUGCCUGGAAGUGGCUCUGGGGGCCCCACUUGGCACCCGCCCUGCUUCCAGCCUGACAACAACCCAAGGAUUCCCCCCUAAUUUAUUGUCACUUUGGGGUCCGGUCUGUGUCCCCCCAACACUGCACCUUCUGAUGCAGCCUGAGAACAAACUGCCUCAUUCUACUAGAAUAAAGGCCCGUGUGGUCAGCGUGCUCUCAGCCUUGAGAGACCCAGUGGUCAGCGUCAGGGUGAGGUGGGACUGGGCCAGAGGGCCUGUGUGUGCCUGUGUUGAGUGUGUGUGUGUGAGCAGAGAACAUCUGGAUAUACCUGUGUGUGAGUCUGCACAGAGAACAUCUGGAUAUCUGUGUGUGUGUGGUGUGUCCGUCCUCUGCAGGGGCUCUGGCCCCCAAGGCCCCUGGCCAGGUGCUGUGAUGGGUAGGACACUCACCUGCUGGUGAGGCCUCUGACCCGGCUGGCACUCUGGGGGCUCACAGGCAUCUUCCCGUGAGAGGGGGGAGCCCUGGGCAGAGUGCGGGCACUACAGUAAGACCCUUCCCCACUGCCCUGGGGUUUCUCCAUCCUGAAAUCAAAGGGCCGGCCCUGAUGACCUGGAAGGACUCUCCUUACCUUUUGUGGUUCUCAAUAAACUAAAAAGUUGUGAGCGAGUGUACGGUGCAGCGCUUUCAAACUUCCGCGUGGGACAGUUCACUUCAGGCCUUGCCUCGGAGUGGUUCUGACUCGGUAGGUCUCGGGGGGGCCUGAGACUUGGCAUUUCUGAGGCACCACCGUGAUCCUGGCCCUCCUGUCCCAGAAACCCCACCCGUAGCCAGAGAGGGUGGGUACCUACUGCUCUCCCUGGCCGGGGAUUGCGCUGUCUUCCUCAGAACCCACUCCUCUCCUCGUCUCGGUCCAUAUGGUUCUCCACUCUGGAGGCAAUCGGCCUCCAGUCCUGAACCAUGGCCCCCUUUGCCCAGCUGCCACGAUGGGCUCAGGGGUGGGCACGUGACCCAAGCUGGGCCAUUCAGGAGCAGCCCUGGAUUUGGGCAGAGGUGUUGGGGAGGCGAGGCUUUGUUCACAGCAGUUCACCUGGAAGGACGUGGCCCUGGAGCCACCACUUCCAGAGCCUGCCUAGGAUGGAGCCCACAUGGAGAAGAGAGUGGCCCAGAGACUGAUGGGCCAGCUCGCCGAUGGUGUCAUUAGAACUCCCGGAUCCGUGGCACCUGAAGUGAGACUCCAGUUCCCCAGUUACAUGUACCAAUAAAUUCACUGUUUCUCCAA